AGUGAACGAGAGAUUGGGCUCUGUGGGCGUUGCAGCUCACAAAUUCUGGCGGGAAAUCUGAGCAUCAAUGGCGGGAAAACGAAAAACUUCCAGUUCCAUAUGUUCAUAUUUGCAUCGCAAUUCAUUUCCCUCUCUCCACUGUUGAUUAUUCAUCGAUCGAGUUACUACUUACAGGAUUUGGAAGAAUGUUCUCCGGUACCCAGUUUGAUUCCGCCUCUGGAUUUACGUCUUCUCAGACCAAUGAUUCCUCUUCCGCGAAGAGUCGAGAAUCGCCGGGCUUGGUUCCGGUAACUGUAAAACAGAUAAGUGAAGCUUCACAUUCUGGCGAGGAGAAGGCCAACUUUGUACUCAACGGCGUUGACAUUACAAAUGUUAAUAUCGUUGGGAAGGUCUCUGAGAAAGCUGAAAGGAAUACAGACAUCACAUUCACUGUAGAUGAUGGAACAGGAACAAUUGGUUGCAAAAGAUGGGUAAACGACACUUUUGACACUAAGCAAAUGGAGGAAAUACAAGAUGGAAUGUAUGUACGGGUGAAUGGGCAUUUGAAAAUAUUUCAAAGUAACAAGCAAAUAUUUGCAUUCUCUGUAAGGCCUGUUACAAAUUUUGACGAAAUUACAUUCCACUUUAUUGAAUGCAUACAUGACCACUUGCGGAAUUCCAAGCUACAGAAUCUCAACGGCGAUGGACCAACACAGUUCCAAUCCUCAGAUUCAAUUGUGAAGACUCCAGUGCAGAAUGGCUCGAGUGGACAUCAGACAGCAUCUUCGGGAAUACCAUCUGAGCAGCAUACUGUUGAUGUUAAAAAGAACUGUGAUGAGUUGGUUCUCGACUAUCUGCAGCUGCCCUCCAGCGUUGCAAAAGAAAGAGGGAUACACAGAGAUGAACUUUCCCAACAACUGAAAAUUCCAAUGGAGAAAAUACUAAACUCCAUAAGAUCUCUUGAAGAUGAAGGUUUGAUAUAUUCCACCAUAGAUGAGUUUCAUUUCAAGUCUGCUGCAUAGAAUUUAUCAUAACUUUCAUAGUUUUCCCCCCCCUAUGCUUUAGGUGUGGUUUAGACAGACAUACUGUUUGCUUGAAACAUCUGUUUUACUGCCUUGUUCAAUGUAUAUGUAUUUUGAAGCUUGUUUAUCCAAAAUUAGGCUAAGCCUUUCCUUAUGGGGUGAACUAAAAAUCAUCAAUCGUAUAGUGAUCGAUACACCAAUUUUAGAUUCAGUGACGGUUGAUUUUGUAUAACACGAAAGAUUGGUUGUUGAUCAA